UUGCAUCACCAAACACACCCAAACGGCACCGCACAUCGUCGUCAAAAUGGUCAACAUUCCCAAGACCCGUAACACCUACUGCAAGGGCAAGGAGUGCCGCAAGCACACCCAGCACAAGGUCACCCAGUACAAGGCUGGAAAGGCCUCCCUGUUCGCCCAGGGUAAGCGUCGAUAUGACCGCAAGCAGUCCGGUUACGGUGGUCAGACCAAGCCCGUCUUCCACAAGAAGGCCAAGACCACCAAGAAGGUUGUCCUUCGAUUGGAGUGUGUCAAGUGCAAGACCAAGCUCCAGCUGGCGCUGAAGCGAUGCAAGCACUUCGAGCUUGGUGGUGACAAGAAGACAAAGGGUGCUGCUCUCGUUUUCUAAGUGCUUUGUGUUUGGGUCUCAGGGUCACCAUUUCUAUGCUUACCUCGGCGGCAUUUGGGCAUCAUGGAUGGACACAGGCGAAAGGAGGUACACGUCCUCGGUUUGAGGCUUGUUUCAUAGGGAAUGAAUGAAAAGAAAAAAUCUCUGUGUUGCACCAACACAACUUUCAAAACCACAACACGAGAACAUGUCUAUCCGGUGAUGAACAAGAUUUGUUCGUUGAGUCAUUACCCCUCAGCACCGCUCACGAUGGGUGAGGGGAGGGGGCGGCUUAUGAGUCAUGGUUAUGGUUCAGCAAGCUUCAAAACAGCAACAGUGUAUAGGUCUAUAGGUCUAAUACUCGAUAUACUCUUAAAAUCCCUCUCCCAA